UUGAUUAUGGUGAAGUCUGUAGACCUGGUCAGAAGCCGUGGUGUGCAGUAUUGGGAGCGAGGCGUCGGGGUAACAGGCGCAAGAGGAGGCUGUGUUCGCACUGAACGGGGAGCGGUUUUGAGGGUCGAGGACAUCGCCGCGUGCGGGGAGUAUCCGUGCAGAGUGGGACACGGUCGCUCGACUGUUGCCCCUCCACUCCGCCCGGAAGUUCCUAUGGCGGUGCCUGCGCUGAGAGACCCGGGACAGGGCAGUGUGACCUUUGAGGAUGUGGCCGUGUACUUCUCCUGGGAGGAAUGGUGUCUUCUUGAUGAGGUUCAGAUACACCUGUACCUUGAUGUCAUGCUAGAGAACUUUGCACUUGUAUGCAUGCUGGAUUCUUUUCAUGGAGUCCAGGAUGAAAGGACACUUUCUGAACAGAGCAUAGCUGGAGAAGGAGUGUCACAGAUUAGGACUCCAAGAGCAGGUUUGUCUCCUGAGAUGGCCCAGCCCUGUAAGAUGUGCAUCCCAGUCUUGAGAGACAUUUUGCACUUGGCUGAAGAGCAAGGACCAAAUAGGGGGCAGAAAGCAUAUACAUGUGGGGCAUGUGGGAAACACUUCUAUUUCACUGCAAACCUUCAAGAUCACCAGAAGCAGCACAUUAGAGAGAAACCCUUCAGCUGUGAUGUGGGGAGACUCGCAUUUUUGACGAGUUGCACAAUCUGCACAGCAGGGAAUCUCUCUACCUACACGGAGACUGGGAACAACUUCAUGGCUAACAUGGGACUUAAGCAACAGUUGAUUAAUAUCAGGAAGAAACAAAAUAACAGUAAGGAUUGUGAAGCUGUUUUUCCUAGUGGAAAAAAUCACAGCUCGGGGGAAGGCAACAAAUUCUCCAGCCACAUGGAAAUACUGGUUAAGGAUGAAAGAGUUCUCACUAGGGAAAGGUUUUGUGAAUGCAGCAACUGUGGGAAAGCCUGCACCCAAAGAAGUAACCAUAUUCAGCACCAGAAAGUUCACACUGGAGAAAGGCCUUAUGAAUGCAGCCAAUGUGGAAAAAUUUUUACCCACAAGUCUAGCUUCCUUACACAUCAGAGAGUUCACAGUGGGGAAAGGCCUUAUGAGUGCAGUGAAUGUGGGAAAUCUUUUGCUACUAGAUCUGGUCUCUAUUAUCAUAGGAGAGUUCACACUGGAGAAAGGCCUUAUGAGUGCAGUGAAUGUGGGAAAUCUUUUACUAAUAGGUCGAUCCUUUGUAAUCAUCAGAGAGUUCACAGUGGAGAAAAGCCUUUUGAGUGCAGUAUAUGUGGGAAAUUCUUUAGCCGAAAUGGACACCUCAGUGUUCAUAGGAAAGUUCACACUGGAGAAAAGCCUUAUGAAUGCAAUAAAUGUGGAAAAUCUUUUACUGCUAGGGUGAGCCUUCGUUACCAUCAGAGAGUUCACAGUGGAGAAAAGCCUUAUGAGUGUAGUCAGUGUGGGAAAUCUUUUGCUGCUAGGACUGGCCUACAGUAUCAUCAGAGAGUUCAUAGUGGAGAAAUGCCUUAUGAGUGCAGUGAAUGUGGGAAAUCUUUUUUUGCAAGGACUGCCCUACAGUACCAUCAGAGAGUUCACAGUGGAGAAAGGCCUUAUGAGUGCAGUGAAUGUGGGAAAUCCUUUACUACUAGUUCUGGUCUCUAUUAUCAUCAGAGAGUUCACACUGGAGAAAAGCCUUAUGAAUGCAGUGAAUGUGGGAAAUGUUUUACUGGUAGCUCGACCCUUCGUCGUCAUCAUAGACUUCACACUGGAGAAAGGCCUUAUGAGUGCAGUGAAUGUGGGAAAUGUUUUACUGGUAGCUCAAGCCUUCAUCGUCAUCACAGACUUCACACUGGAGAAAGGCCUUAUAAGUGCAGUGAAUGUGAGAGAUGUUUUACUGAUAGGUCAAGUCUUCAUCGUCAUCAGAGAGUUCACACGGGCGAAAGGCCUUAUGAGUGCAGUGACUGUGGGAAAUCCUUUAGCCGAAGACAGCUCCUCCACAUUCAUAGGAAAAUCCACACUGGAGAAAAGCCUUGUGAGUGCAAGGGAUGUGGUAAAUCUUUCACCAAAAAGUGCCACUUGAUUAUACAUCAGAGAGUUCACACUGGUGAAAGGGCCUUAUGAAUGUAGAAAAUGUAGAUGGGACUGAAGUUCAAGGAGUUUUACAUUGGAACAGAAUGGGAAGAACCUCUGCAGUUACUGUGCAGCAGAUGGAGCCUUUCUUGGGAGGAAAUUGAAGCACAGAGAGAAUGUAUUGUCUGGUGUGAACCCCUCCCAGUAAGAUAGGAAUCUGGAUUCAAUGCCAGGUUGCCUGGUUCAGGACAUGGGGAGUCUGGUCACUUUAGUCCUCUUCCCUCAGUUGAGGACUCAGUUACUUUGUCCGUCUGGACACUUUGGCACCCCACCCCAGGAUCCCUGCUCAUACCUCAGACCCAUGGUGAUGGAUAGGAUUAUCUUUUCCCUGGGAAACAAAAUUGAUGACUUUCUUUCCUGUGAAUGACUCCAUUUAUCUACCCAUCCAAACCAGUGCUCAGAGUCCAUUAUUAUUCCCGUUUGUAAAAGAAGGGGUGUGCAGCUCAGACAGGUUGAGGGACUUCCAUAAGGGCUCACUACUGCCAGGCCUUUGAUGAGAGUGGUUGCUCUACACUGCACCCAUUCACUGCCUUCUCUUCUGCUCCUUGGAGCAGGGACUCCAUCUGCUUUGUCCCAACAAUGAACUACCAACUCCUGACAUCUGCUUCUCCAUCAGGACCUCCAGCUUCAUUUUUCCCAGUGUACGUCUCUUUCCUGCAAACACCCUCACUUUUGGGAAGUCCUUACAGUGACAGCAGUACCAAACCAGGCACCGUGGAGAGGAUCAUUGGUGUCACCCCAGAUGUGACACUGCUUCCACUGCCAUAUGCAGUGACACGUUUUCACGGUCCCUUCCUUCGUUUUCAUAAACCCCUUCAGGAUGUCCCUGUUGCCCCAUUAUGUAGUUGACAUGUUCACUGUUCUGGGCAGUGUUGAGGAGCACUGAAGGACAAGGAAUGUGCACUGUGGCCCUCACAUGGCCUGGUCCCCAAGGCUCUUCCUCCUAAUCCCUUUACCCGUCCUGUUACUUCUCCCCCACCCCCCAGAAAAUGUAAGUUACCAAAUAAUGAUUGUUAAUCAGCAAGAACUUUCCUGCCCCGUUUUGUGAGCUAAACUUAACCAACCUAGCUUAAAAGUUGAGACUGAAUGCAGACUGACCUCUCCAAUUAGGACUGUAAAAUCCCAGUAUAAAGUCAAUAUGAUUUUUUUAAUCUUUUUUUUAAUGAAUUUUUAAAUUUAUUUUUAUUUCUUAUUGGCUGUGUUGGGUCUUCAUUGCUGUGUGCGGGCUUCCUGUAGUUGCAGAGAGUGGGGGCUAUUCUUCAUUGUGGUUCACAGGCUUCUCGUUGUGGUGGCUUCUCUUGUGGAGCACGAACUCUAGGCUUCAGUAGUGGUGGCACAUGGGCUCAAUAGUUGUGGCUCUCAGGCUUUAGAGCACAGGCUCCGUAGUUGUGGCCCAUGGGUUUAGUUUCUCUGUGGCAUAUGGGAUCCUCCCAACCCAGGGCUCGAACGCAUGUUCCCUGCAUUGGCAGGUGGAUUCCUAACCACUGGGCCACCAGGGAAGCCCCCAUUAUGAUUUUAAUUGCAUUUCUAUCAUGGUUCUUCCUUUUGGGGGGGAAGGGAUGCACUUCAUGGCAUGUGGGAUUUUAGUUCCUCAACCAGGGAUUGAAUCCAUGCCCCCUGCAGUGGAAGCUCAGAGCCCUAACCACUGGACUGCCAGAAGAUUCUAUCUCAAGAUUCUUGAUUUUAAGAUUUUUUAAUUUUUUUGAUGUGUCUAGUUUUUACUUGCGUGUCUUGAUAAAUUUCUAUUUCUGUCUCUUGCCUACUUUUAUUUUGUGAGUUUUGUCUAUUUCCUCCUUCUUUGAGAACUUGAAUAUCAGGGAAACAAUGAAGAUAUCUGAGACUUCACUCAUUUACCAAUAAUGUGAGUGACAUCUUUUCUGCAUAGAAUUGUAAUAUGGCAUAGUGAAAGAAUAUGUUCUCUGUUUUUUCUCAAUUUUUGUACUAUACAUAAUGUAAUGGCCACAUACAUUAUAUGUGUUAAAGAUAAAUCUGCGUUAUUAACAUAUCCUACCUCAGUCUUUGGUGUUUUUUUUUUUUUUUCAAGCUCUUUAUUGGAAAAUAAUUGCUUUACACUCUUGUACCAGCUUUUGAGGUACACCAAAGUGAAUCAGCUGUAUUUAUACAUAUAUCCCCAUAUCCCCUCCCUCCCAUGACUCCCUCUCACCCUCCCCAUCCCAGCCCUCUAAGGCAUCACCCAUCAUCGAGUUGAUCUCCCUUUUUUAUACAGCAACAUCCCACUAGCUAUCUGUUUUACAGUUGGUAGUGUAUAUAUGUCUAUGCUACUCUCUCACUUUGUCCCAGCUUCCCCUUUGCCCCCCUGCCCCCCAACCCCAUGUCCUCCAGUCCAUUCUUGGCAUCUACAUCCUUAUUCUUGCCCUGUCACUGGGUUCAUCAGUACCUUUCUUUUUUUUUUUUUUAGAUUCCGUAUAUAUGAGUUAGCAUACAGUAUUUGUUUUUCUCUUUUUUUCCCUUUUUUUUCUUUUUGUGUCCCCCACACACCACACAGCUUGUGAGAGUUCAGUUCCCCAACCAGAGAUUGAACCUAGGCACCAGCACUGGAAGCCCAGAAUCCUAAAUUUUAGGCCACUAGGGAGCUCCCAUAUCCUAACUCAGUCUUAGGUCCAGACAUACAAUACACAGUAAGUGAAAUCCUGGUCUGUAGGGUUUGCCAAUUUCUCUGGUGUAAAUACUCCCACUGUAGCCAAUGUCAAAUUGCCAACAUAAUCUCGCUGAACAUGGAGUUGGGUAACAUUGCCAGGAACCCCUGAUUGUAUUCUUUUUCUACCUUACAGGUACAGUAGCCACGAAUACUUUUGAGAAUGUUGCUAAUAAACCAUAGUACAAUGAUUAUAAAGGAACAGGUUUUGUAUAUUUCUUUAAAAAAAUUGUUUAAUGUAUGUAUAGUUGACUGAAAAUAAAUUACGUGUAUCUUAAAUGUACAUUUUAACACUGUGAUACUUGUGUACACCCCAAAACCAGUUUCCUCCUGCCAUUUAUAAUUUAUCCUCAACAUUGAAAUUACUGAUGCAUGAGCAUAUUCUACUUUUGAAAUAACUAUUUUCAUAUGUAUAUAUAAAUGGAAUGACUGUGUUGGACCCUUCCUUUGUCUCACAUCAUUUGUUGUAUUUAUGCACAUUUUUUGUGUUUGUUUAUCAUGAUUUACUUACUGGUUUGAAAUUUAUAAUCCCAAGUAUCAGGUCUUUGAAUACAUAACUUCUUAGAGUGCAUUUCUAAAA